GCAGACGGCGGCGGGGCCGGCCAUCCCAGGAGCGUGGCUAGGAUUCCUCUGCCGCCGCCAAGGGAGCCCGGCAGGCGCGCAAAGGAGGGGAGGGAGAGGGAGAGGGGAGGGAGCAGCAGGUUCCAAGGCAGGAGUUACUCGGGGCGGGGCGUCUUCUCAGCUGCGCUCAACGUAAGGGCUUUACCUCGAGAGAGAGAGGAGGAGGGCGCGCUGCGGGGCCCCUUCAGGAAGCGUACUUUGGAGCUCAGGUCCCGGUGGGAAGGCGCAGGAAGCUUUAAAAGGCAACCAGAAAAGCAGUUACUUGGCUCGUUUUCUCAGGCACGAAAGGCAGGGGAGUCGGGGCGGGCAUGGAAAGGAUGCCCCUCUCAGGAACCCUCCAGCGCUUCUUUUCCCUUCGAGUCGUAGGCGCAGAGGAGCCUUACUGAGGAGGGGGAAAUAAAGCCGCUGAGAGCGCUGAGGCUUUCGGAAGCUGCCCGCCCGCUGCUCCGCUGCCCUCUCUUCCAAUGUGAGCGCGCUGUUCCUUCUGUGCUCUCCGGGGGCUCCCCCAUUUCUUGGCCCUCAAGGGCACUGAGCGGGGGGCCCUGCCGACUUCGGUGCCCCUCAGGAAGGCGAGAGGGCCACCUCACUCCUAGUAAGGGGACUUGGGCUCCUCUCCAGAGGAGGGCUCAGUGGAGAAAGGGCGCGCAGGGGUGGUGGUCCGACGACCAUUCUCUGCUGGAGGAAUCCCGAGUACUUCCUUCCCAUGGAGGAGGAGGAAGAGCGGCGGCGAGCAAAGCGAGACAACCGGGAGAGCAACGUCCACAGAGUGGAUCCAUAUGGAUUUGAAAGGCCUGAAGAUUUUGAUUAUGCAACAUAUGAAGAAUUCUUUUCUAGAUAUUUGGUAGUACUCACCAGAAGAGCAAUUAAGUGGUCCAAGCUUUUAAAGGGAAACAAUGGUGCACUAAAAAGUUUAAAAGUGAAACGCUAUAUCAGGAAAGGCAUUCCAAAUGAGCACCGUGCACUGGUUUGGAUGGUGGUCAGCGGCGCUCAGGCCCACAUGGAACAAAACCCUGGAUAUUACCAGAAAUUACUUGAUGGGGACAAAAAUGACAAGCUGGUGGAAACAAUUAAGACAGACAUGAAUAGGACAUUUCCAGACAAUGUGAAAUUCCGCAAAACUGCUGAUCCAUGUUUACAGAAGACACUGUACAAUGUGUUAGUGGCAUAUGGACAUCAUAAUCAAUCCGUGGGAUACUGUCAGGGCAUGAAUUUCAUAGCAGGAUACCUGAUUCUUAUUACAAGGAAUGAAGAGGAAACCUUUUGGUUGUUAGAUGCUCUCAUUGGCAGAAUAUUACCUGAUUAUUAUAGUCCAGAAAUGAUGGGUCUUAAAACAGAUCAAGAAGUUCUUGGAGAGCUUGUGAAAAUGAAGAUUCCAGCUGUGGCAGAAUUAAUGGAGAAACAUGGCAUCAUGUGGACCUUGGUGGUAUCCCGCUGGUUUAUAUGUUUAUUUAUUGACAUUCUUCCAGUAGAGACAGUACUUCGAAUUUGGGACUGCUUGUUUUACGAGGGAUCAAAAAUAAUUUUUCGUGUGGCCUUAACAUUAAUUAAGCAACACCAAGCUUUCAUUUUGGAAGCCACUAACUUCCCAGAUAUCUGUGACAAAUUUAAACAGAUCACCAAAGGACCCUUUGUAACAGACUGUCACAAUUUCAUGCAGAAAAUAUUUACAGAGCCUGGAAGUUUGAGCAUGGCUACAAUAGACAAACUGCGAGAAACCUGUAGAGCAAAUCAAAUUGCUCAGAGAUAAAUGGACAAAUGUAAGACAGUAUGCUGCAAA